AUGAGGGCUCCCUGCAAGAGGUCCGGGGAGAAGGACGAGCAGGAGGAAGGGGUGGCAGCGGCCGCUGGGCGUCUUGCAGGGGCCCCGGAGGCCGAGGAGUGUUCGGACGUUGAUUCAGACUCCGACCGGGAGAUGGAAGGUAUCCAUGGGCCUGGAGGACUGGUCAAGGACACCCUCUACCUGAGGUCUUGCCAGGCCCAUAGUGUUGUGCCUGCCUCCUGCUUUCUGCGCCAAGGGAGCACCCCAGAGCUGAACCUGAGGCACCAUGGCCUGGGGCCCCAGGGUGCCCGGGCUCUGGCUUCAGCAUUGACCUCCAAUCCCUAUGUCAAGCGGCUGGACCUUCGAGACAAUGGGCUCUGUGGGGCUGGCGUGGAGGCUCUGGCAGGUGCCCUGAGCAAAAGCAGCACUAUCUGUGAUGUGGACCUGUCGGAGAACCAGAUGGGAGUGGUGGGAGCGCAGGCGAUCUGUGCUGCCCUUACGGUGAACCUAACCAUGCAGAAGGUACAACUGGCAGGGAACGGCCUGGAGGAACAUGCAGCCCAGUACCUUGCUGAACUCCUGCUGGCCCACACGGGACUGAAAUCCCUGGACCUGAGCUAUAACCAGCUGACUGACCACGCAGAGUACCUGCCUUUGGGUCCCCAAGUGGGCGCAAACAUCUUCCUCAGAGUCCUGGACAUCUCAUACAAUGGCUUUGGAGAUCCUGGAGCAUCCGCAGUAGGUGAGGCACUUAAGACCAACAACGUGUUGGAGGAACUCAACACGAGGUGGAUCAUGGUGCUGGAAGAUUCACUCAUGUGGCCUUGA